AUGCUGCUACGACCUUUUUCACGCAUAUAUGGGCUCAAAGGGAGAUGUUUCACACUAUCAAGCAGAUACUUCGCAACAGUAGACGCUGCAAAAGCGAAUGUCUUGCAAGUUGAAGAAAAAAAACCACGACCAGGUCAAGAACUAAUUCGAAAAGAACUCGAGGAACGAAUCUCGCGAAUACCUAUUCAAAACUAUCGCAACUUCAGCAUUGUCGCGCAUGUGGAUCACGGCAAAUCGACAUUAUCCGACCGGCUUUUGGAGCUCACGGGGGUGAUUGAACCUGGAUCCAAAUCGCAAGUGUUGGACCGAUUGGAUGUCGAGCGAGAACGAGGCAUCACCGUUAAGGCGCAAACGGUGUCUAUGAUCCACACGGACCCGGUGACGAACGAGGAUUACCUUUUGCAUUUAGUUGACACUCCCGGGCACGUUGAUUUCAGAGCUGAGGUCUUGCGGAGCUAUGCGUCGUGCGGAGGAGCGCUAUUAUUGGUUGAUGCAUCGCAGGGAGUCCAAGCGCAAACCGUGGCUAAUUUCUUUCUCGCCUACAGCAUGGACUUGAAGCUUAUCCCCAUUAUAAACAAGAUCGACCUUGAUCUGGCGAAUAUUCCGCGAGCGAUGGAGCAAGUUGAGUCGACGUUUGAGCUCGAUCCUGCCGAUUGCAUUGCAGUGAGCGCCAAAACCGGGUUGAAUGUAGAGAAGAUUCUUCCCUCCGUCAUCAAGAAUGUGCCUGCACCCGUCGGGGACAAAAGCAAGCCGUUGAGGGUCUUGUUGGUGGAUUCCUGGUUUGACCCUUACGUGGGAGUGGUUAUGUUGGUUCAUGUGGUCGAUGGAAAAUUGAAGAAAGGCAGCAAGAUUUUUUCAGCGCACCGGAACAAGGCGUACGACGUGAAAGAAGUUGGGAUAAUGUACCCGGAUCGAACGCCGAUGGAGUAUAUACAAGCGGGACAAGUGGCUUACAUCAUCCCCGGGAUGAAGAAUCCACGGGAGGCAUUGGUUGGUGACACGUUUUUCCAAUUGGGGAAAAGCGAAGGACUCGAGGUGUUCCCCGGGUUUGAAGAGCCGAAACCAAUGGUAUUUGUCGGCGCGUUCCCGUCGGAAGGUAAGGAUUUCAAUGCUAUGGAUGACCAGAUUCAGAACUUGGUGUUGAAUGACAGAUCGGUCCACUUGGAGAAGGAAACGUCAAAUGCCUUGGGGAUGGGCUGGAGAUUGGGCUUUUUGGGCUCUCUUCACGCUUCCGUCUUCAAAGAGAGGUUGGAAAACGAAUAUGGCGCCAAGAUUAUCCUCACUGCGCCUACCGUGCCUUACAAGAUCGUCUACAAAAACGGCGAGGAGAAAAUCAUUACUAACCCCGUCGAGUUCCCCGAGAACAAGAUCCAACAUGGGGUUUCGCACUACAUGGAGCCCUACGUCGAAGCCAUCAUGACGUUGCCGAACGAGUACGUCGGCACGGUUAUGGCCCUCUGUUUGAGUUUCCGAGGCGAGCAAAAGGACAUUGAAUAUCUAAACACGGGACAAACGCUCUUGCGAUUUUACAUUCCUCUCUCGCAGUUGGUGGAGGAUUUCUUUGGCAAGCUCAAGGGAUGCACAAAAGGCUAUGCGUCGUUGGACUACGACGAUGCAGGGUACAGACAAUCCGAUAUCGUCAAGAUGGAGCUUUGCGUCAACGGAGAACCACAAGACGCAUUGACUACCAUUAUCCAUAAAUCGCAAGCACAGGCCCGAGGCAAGGAAUACGUCACCCGAUUGAAGAAACACUUGAGGUACCAAUUGUUUGAAGUGGCCAUCCAGGCUAAAGUCAACAACAAGUCCAUCGCUAGGGAAACCAUCAAGGCCAAGAGGAAAGACGUGACUCAGAAAUUGCACGCUGCUGACCAGUCGCGAUACAAGAAGUUGUUGGAGAGGCAGAAGGAAGGUAAGAAGCAGAUGAAAGCAUCUGGACGCGUCAGUGUGGGGAACGACGCGUACCAAGCAUUUUUACGACGUGAUGAUUGA